AUGUGUUUAGUGUUGAAAGAGCCGCCCUAUCAGGUGUCGGAGUCGGGAUACGCGGGCUUUGAGCUCCCGAUUGAGGUCUACUUCAAGAACAAAGAGGAGCCGAAGAAGAUCUCGUUUGAGUACGACCUGUACCUGCGUUUGGACGACGCCGUCAGUAACUGUCGUCGAGAGAAACUCACGUUUCAGAACCCAAGCAAUGACUUCAAGAAGAAACUGCUUAAAGCCGGCGGAGUUUCCAAUGAAUCGAAUGGUUCUUCAGUCAAAACGUCGUCCGGUUCUGAAGAGAAGUCUUUGGCACAACAAACCUCGACUUCAAAUAACUCUAAAUAUAGCACUAAAUCAUUAGUGACCGGAAAUAAUGAGAGUAAGAAAUCCAAGAUUACGGGUGUUAUCCCUUCUAAAGACAAAUCAUUGAUAAAAUCACAAAACACUACAACGACUUCCUCAUCGAAUCCAUCGGUUGCUUCCGAAAAGCAAACCAUUCAACCCAUCGCUCCAUCGAAUAACAGACAAUUCACUGAUUUGUUCGGAGAUCCCAUUCACGCCAAAACUUCUACAGAUUCUGCUGUUAAAAACAAAGACAAUUUAUCGAAGAAUAAAUACACAGCAAUUGCUUCUAAAGGAGUCAAAAAUGAUUCAAAAUCAUUGCAUAAGAAUUCGAGCAAAAACUCGUAUUUAUCGCCAACUCAUAAGAUUAUUGACAAGUCGUCGAAAGAGACUAAAGAAUCAAAGGAUUCAAAGAGUAAAGAGAGUACAAAAAGCAAACGAGAAGAAGAGUUGACACCAAAUAAGUCAAAGAAGAAGAAUAUCCAAUCAUCGCCUAAACCUUAUGACAUAUCGAGUGAUAAUAAAAAUGAAUUAAAAUCGUCUAAAAAGCGAAGAAACAGUUCGACGUUUAACUCGUCUUUAACGCCAACAACUGAACCAAAAGUACACAAAGAGUCUCAGAAACUGAAUUCAAUCAAAGAUAAGGACAAUAAGAAAGAGAGUAAACGUCAAAAGAAUUCGUCGAAAGACGUGAACAGUGGUGUCAAAAAGCAGAGCUCGACGUCAACUAAAAUCAGUUUCAGUGAUAACAACAGCAGCACUACUAUUGAGAUCAAGUCUGUUAAGAAGGAGAAGACGUGGGACAGCGAGAGCAAGAAGUCCAGGACUAAGGACUCCAAGUCCGCUAAAGACAAACUUAAUUCCAAUGCCAACACAACUAUUAGCUCUUCUCUGAACGCCAACAAAGUUAAGCCCAAACCCGAACCCAAUUAUGUUAAGUCUCCUAAAGUGAAUGGAAGUAAACACAUGAAAGCGUCCAAAGAUAAGUAUGGCUUACAUACUAGAGAGAGGAGUUCCAGCCCUUCAUCUGCCUCAUUGACGCCGCCAUCAAAUGAUAGGCCUCUCAAUCAAAUGGCAGCUGAAAUUGAAUCACACGAAUCCAUGUCUCCGGCAUCGAGUGACAACUCGUCCACAUCUCUCGGCUUUGAACCGAUUCGACCGAAUCGUAAACCCGACGCAAACAGUCGCUUCAUUUUGGACGACUCGGACAGCAGUGACCACUCAGUGGUCAAACAGUCGCCCAAAAGGAGCGCCCAUUUGAAGAAAAAUGAGACCAAAGACUCGCAGCAAAACAGAAACGAUUCCUCGAAAAUGAAUUCAAGUAAACGGAAGAAAGAUUUGGCGACAAAUGACUCGAAUAAACGCAUGAAUAACUCGAAAGAAGAGCGUUCGCUGAAUAUGUGUCCAGACUUUGACGACUCUGUGCUCGACUUAAUACAAGUGCAGAAGAAAAUUAACGAAUCGACGAACACUGAUCUCUUGCAGAAAAUAGUGGACACCAUCGAGGAGUCGAGUCAUUUCGACUUAACUGAAACCACAUUCACUUUCGAUUUGAUGCGUUUGGACGACAAGACUGUACGCAAACUUAAAUCCUAUUUAAGCUGAGAGUGAAUUGAAAGACAAUACUGUUAUGCAUUCGCUCUCAUAUGCAAUAAAUGUGUGAUAUUAUAGGCAGACAGUGAUUGGACAUCAAAAUACAAAUCGAUUUAAAGUUAAUACAAAAACACUCAACAAAGAAGUGUAAAAUACAAGAGAUUCAUACAAACGGAGUGUAAAUUAUAUUUUAUAAUAAAAACUAUAAAUUAUGUUACGUUCAAAUUGUCACUAAUUAGUAAAUCAUUCAUAUUAGACGCCAAUUAUUAGUUAAUUGUUUAGUUAAUUAUUUUAAAUAAUUUUCAUACAAAACACUAAAAUAUUCAUUUGAUUUCCA